GAGAGAGCUCCCCAUUCAUUUCCUCCUGAGUAGCCCACGGAAGAGGAGGGGAACGAGUGAGAGAGAGAGAGAUAGAAAGAGAGAGAGAGAGACAGAGAGAGAGAGAGAGAGAGAGAGAGAGAGGUAGUACAGCAAACAAGAAGCUGACCACACAGGAACACAAGACAGAGCAUAAGAAAAAGAGAGAGAGAGCCAAAAGGACGCUAAAAAGGAUAACAGUUCUUGCCCUCACGGUCCGAGACUUCAAACAAGAGCAGGAUGCUGAUGCUGGACGGGAUGCCUGUCCUGCGAGUCAAAACGGAGCCCCUGCAGGCACAGAGACGGUCUCCAGAGAUAAGAGCUUAUCCAGACAUGGGCGUGCUGGUGAUGGACAGAAGGUUCCGGACUCAUUCACCUGACAGAUGCUUCCCCUCUGACCUCUUCCAGACACAGACAGAGCCUGUAGACCUUUCCACCAACAGAUCUCGCUCAUCACCUUCAUCAUCAUCAUCACUAUCCUCAUCACCUUCAUCAUCAUCAUCAUCAUCAAUACGUUUCUGCCCACGCUCCCCUCCACUUUCAUCCACCAAGUCUCCUUCUUCAUUGUCAUCAUCAUCCUCUCUGCCAUCCUCCUCGCCUCCCUCCGUUAUAACCCCCGUCCCGCGGCUGAAGCUGUCUCCAUCCAGGGUGUCGUCUCCACCCUCUGUGGCCUUGAGGGGGCAGCCCUUCCUGCCCCUGCCCCAGCAGCCCCUGCCCCACUGCCCCAGCCCUAUUCACGUCCACCCCCGCAGGGUGCCCGUGGUGGUACAGCCUGUCCCGCUGGUAUAUCCUGGAGUGGGAUCACUGGGCCCUGGAGGUCUGAUGAUGCCCAUGCUGGAGGAGAGCAGGAUACAUGGAAAAGCCUCUCUGAGUCCUGCAGGGUCAGUGACAGAACCCAGAACCCAACAGCAUGUUGAACAGACGCAUUCUGAUGACUGGAAGCCCAUUGUGCUUCACACUCUUUAUUCAGUCCAGCAGGCAGCAGCCUUUAUCCACACAGGAAUCACACAUCGGGUUCCAGAUAGACCAUCGCCACGGCGAUCACUCAGUGACAGCGAGGACGAUGACCUGCCCAACGUCACACUGGACAGUGUGAACGAGACUGGCUCCACUGCCCUGACCAUCGCACGCGCUGUGCAGGACUCCAUACUGCCGUUCAGCAUCGACAGCUUGCGAAGGCCGAGGCGGCCCGAGUCCCCUGAUUCCAAGAGGAGACGCAUCCACCGCUGUGAGUUUGAGGGCUGCAGUAAAGUUUACACCAAAAGCUCCCACCUGAAGGCCCACCGGAGGACCCACACUGGCGAGAAGCCAUAUAAAUGCACGUGGGACGGCUGCACGUGGAAGUUCGCGCGCUCGGACGAGCUCACGCGCCACUAUCGCAAACACACGGGCGUCAAGCCCUUCAAGUGCGGAGACUGUGAGCGCAGCUUCUCGCGCUCCGAUCACCUCGCGCUGCACCGCCGGCGCCACGCGCUAGUGUAAAGGCGAGAUGGACCAAUAGUGAGACAGGGCUGGGCUCUGUCAGCCAAUGGGGAGCCGGGGAAAGGGCUGGACCCCUCCCAGCUCGAUGGAAAAAUGGCGGGAAAAUAUGGCCUGAAGUAAUAAAGCGUCUCAGAGUGAAAGUUCUGACCUGGGAUCAGUUUUUACCUUUUAUAUCCUGAGGAAUACAUUAAUACAGGUGUGGAGAACUGACCCUGAUCCACUCUCACUCUGAGACACUGGACACAGUGGAUUUGGGCCCAAGUCUAUAAUUAUGAAUAACUGUCCACUUUAUUAGAAAUGCUCACCCUGUACUUCUGUUCACUGGCCACUUUAUGAGCUCUACCUACCUUGUAUAUCCAUUAUAUAGGUGUACAGUUUCAGACUGUAGCCCAUCUGUUGGCAGGCACCUUCUACACCAUCAGUCAGUUUUUGACCACAGCAGCGCUGUUAAGCAGAUAUUAUUUGGUGGCAUUCUCAGCACAGCAGUAGCAGUAGAGUGAGGUUGAGUAUGGUCUGUUCCCCAAAAAUGCCCCCCAAAAGAGCAGCUCUCUGUUCAGAAACUGACCCCUGAAAAAAGGAGCUAGAGUACCUAUAGCAACAAAUGACUUGGUAGUCUAGUGGGAGGAGAGAUGAGCUAGUAUAAGGGAUGUUAUGGGUUCAAACCCCAGGAGUGACUGGGUCCACAUUGCACCUUUGGGCAACAUUUCUGCAUAACUCAAUAAUUUAAAUAUAAAGUGAUUCAGAGAAGAAUAAAAAGUCAUUCAGAGUGGUUUGAUGUAAAACGCUCUGUUUUAGACAAAUUUACAGAUUCAGAGUUGUUCAUAGUGGUAACCAAACGUUUGAUCACAUGAAAUGGUCACAAAUAUGAUGCCUGAGAUAUUGUUUUACAUAAAGGUUGAGAAUAUUUUGGCUUAAAAAAGUAUAUUUGUAAUCCAUUCAUGGUGGAGAGAUACGUACAGGGCUUGGUAAGGCAAAAUAAUAGCCAAGGAAAGCUUUUUACCAUCAUCAACAUUACACAUUAAAACUCAAAAGACACGUGUAGGUUCACUGCUGGUUUUGGCUAGUAAAUAAAUUGGCUAUAUUUGACCCCAUUACACUACCAUUGUAACAAAAUUUAGAGUUGCUGUGCUGAUCCCAGACUAGGCAUAGUUAAGGAGCAAAACAAAUUCCCCUCAUAUGAUCAAUAAAGUAGGUAGGUGUUUCUGAUAAAGUGGCCAUUGAUGUAGAGAAUAGGGAGUGGAAGCAAACAUAAAAUCUUAUUGAAAACCAGCACAAAGUAUUUACAUAUCAGCAUUUACAUGCAGGUUUAUUGAAGUACCUUUGCCUCCACCCAACUCAAGAAUAUUUCAAUUCAAGAAGCAAUUUAUCUGAAGUUUUUGUCAGUUUAAAGAGAAACCAAUCUUACUGACAGCGUCAGUGUCAGCUGUGAAAUGGAUACAAAUCCAUAACGAGGUGUUUCAACACUUUCUCAACACUUUCCUUACAAUCGCUCGCAAAACUAUUUGUUAUUUCCUUUUUUAUUGGCAUUCGAGAGCCAUUUAGCAUCAGUUGUGGUUUGCUUGCACAUUCCAUUCAAAACAAAAAACUGACCGACUGGAUCAUCAACAGGGUAACAGUAAAUGUGAAAGAGCGAAGCCAUUUUCUAAACAUUGUCAGGAUAUCACAACGGCAUGUUUUGCUUUCCGUUUAUGCACCAAAAAUAAUCAUUCUCAUUCUGCACGGCUGCAAUAUGGCAACACAAAACCACUUUAGAAUGGACCUUUAAAGGGAUACUUCACCGAGAUUACAUGUGAGGGGAUAGCUUUCCUUUUAAGGCCAUGCAAUUAUCUAUGUACUGUGUUCUCCAACGUCAGGUAGAGAGAGAGAGGGGGAGAGAGAGAGAGAGAGAGAGAGAGGGAGGGAGAGACAGAGAGAUCCUUUACAUUCAAAAUCAAUUGCAUCAUUUGUGCACAAACAUAGUGUAGCAGAUGUCUGUACAUUUUUAUAAAAAGAAUUUAUCAUGUUGUGUAUCUUUUUUGUGCAUUUAUGUCUUGUAUUUGUUCAGUAUUUUGCACCCUUUUUUUCUGAAGUAUGUGAUGUCACCAUUUAUAGUAUUGUAUAGGAGGCCUGAUGACUGAUAAUCACACAGAAGUGGUAACCGUCAAAGGGACGUUCCUUUAACCUUUAAUCUGUUUUACAAUUAUGUAUUUGUAAAUGAUGUUAUUGUACACAUUUCCUUUUUUUAUAUGGAUUGACUGUGAAUUUAUACAUAAAUAUAUGUUUAAUGGAUUGAAUGAAGGCAUGAAUAAAAAGUUUGUAUAUG